GAAGUUUAACAUCGAUAAGGGUGACAUCGGGAGCUUUCGAAGCGCGAGUAUUUCCAGAAACCGCGAUGGCCAGUCAGACCGACGAGUCUCAGGUCAGAAAAGUGGCGGAAAGUGAAAUAGCACAAUUUUUCUCAGGCCGCAAAGUUCUUAUAACGAUUGGCUUGGGCUUCCUGGGAAAGCUUCUGAUCGAGAAAUUACUGCGAUGUUGUCCAAACAUCGCGACGCUGUAUAUAUUUGUGAGAGGAAAAGAUGGAAAGACUCCCCACGAACGCGUGCAGCAACUUGCCGAGAUGUCUUUGUACGAGAAACUGAAGAAGGAGCAGCCUGAUUUCCUACAGAAAUUGAUAGUGAUCGAGAGCGAUCUGGACACGACGAACCUGGGCUUAUCCCAGCAAGAUCGAAACAGGCUGCUCGACGCGAACGUUAUCUUUCACGGCGCGACGAUCGUACGAUCUAAUCAAAGACUUCGCACCAUGACGAACGUCAACGUGCAGGCCACGAAGCAAAUAUUGUUGCUCGCGAAGGAAAUGCGAGAUCUCAAGGCUUUCGUUCACCUGUCGACCGUUUUCGCGCACUCGCCAAUCCGAUCCAUCGAAGAGAAACACUAUCCCCCGCCGAUGGAGACCGACGAAUUAUUGUCGCUAGUGAAUAUCCUGAACGACAAAAAGUUGGACGCCAUCACACCGACAUUGAUCGGCGGCUGGCCCAACACGUUCGCGUUCACGAAAGCGAUCGCGGAGGACACGGUGCUGCGAUACAGCGGCGACGGAAUGCCGGUGUGCAUCGUGCGACCGUCUAUCGUGACUUCGACCUGGAGCGAGCCGAUUGUGGGUUGGGCCGGCAGUAUAUACGGGCCCGUCGGCCUCCUGGUCAGCUCGAGCUUCGGCCUAUUGCGCACUAUACAUUGCCACACCGACAAAAACCUCGACUUCGUACCGGCCGAUUACGUGACGUCGUGCUUGAUCGCCGCCGCCUGGUGCACCAGCACGAGGAACACCGAGAGGGAAUUUAAAGUGGACGUGGUGACGGGCGUCGUGCCGGACGUGGAAAGGAUACCAGUGUACAAUUACGUGUCGUCCUGUCAGAGGCCGAUAACCUGGGACACAUUUCGAAAACACGUACGCGCCCACGGAUCAAGAAUACCGGGUGUGAGAGACGUACGGCUGCAGUGUAUGUUUUGGAACAGUAGACUGUGGGUGCACAAACUCCUCAUGUGCCUGUUCCACUUGUUGCCCGCGGUCAUGGCGGACGGGGCGGCCAUUCUCACUGGCCGAGAUUCAAGAUGGUACCAGAUUUACGAUCUGAUACACGCUCAUCUCUCGGCGACGUCCUAUUUUAUGACGCAGCAAUGGUGCUUCGGGAAUAAAGCGGUGGUCGAACUUUGGGAACGAAUGAACGCGGUGGAUCGCGAGACUUUCGAAUUCGACAUGAGUAACUUUGAUUGGAGCGAGUACAUAAAACGAAUGCUCCGCGGGAUUCGCGACUUUGUCAGCAAAACUCCGUGGGACAUUGUGGAAAAAGGAUUGGCCGAGUACAUUGAACUGUGACACGUAAUGUUAAAAGUCAAUUUCUUACGGCUUAUGACUUACUACUCUCAUUGUAGAUGGACCUUUAGAGUCAAAAGCCUUAGAUCUUAAAACCAAUAAUUUUCAAGCUACACAACGUUGAAUAAACGUUGAUAAAAAAAUCAAAUUUUCUUAAGUCCCUUAAUUAUCUCUUAAUUUUCUUAAAUCUCUUAAAUAUCUCAGGUUAUAUUUGACAUAAAUUUAUUAGAUAACUCGUUCACUCAAGUAUUGGUUUUAUAGAUUUAUAUCAGAUAUAACUAAAGAUUUAAGAAAAUGUGAUUUUUCUUUGAGGUACUUCAAUGUCCUGCAUUUCAAAAACUGUACUGAUUUUAGAAACUAUGUUUAUUAAGAUUUUUUAAUUAUUAUAAGAUUUUUGUGAGACCUUAAAUGAUCCAAAGAAUUAGCUUUCUGAAGUUAUGUGACAUGGACUUAAAAUACACUCUGUAUAACCGAGUUGCAUACAUAAUGUGCAUACAAACGUGCUUUCUAAUAUUUAAAUAGUUAAGAGAUAUAACUUGUGAAAUCCAUAUUUUCCUCGUUAAAAUAAAACAAAAUAUUAUCAAUUAAA